AUGUCUGAGAGAAGGGCUAAAAAUUUGAUGAGACCCUCUCAGUAUAUUGAUAAUGUGAUGUAUGUUCAAGCUAAAGAAGAAAAGGAGAAAAAUCGUUUACGUUUGAAGACCUCAAUUGUCACUAUUCGAUGCCUAGCACUUCAAGGUUGUGCCUUUAGAGGUAACGAUGAAUCUCUAUCUUCAUCUAAUCAUGGGAAUUUCCUUGAAUUGGUGAAGGCUUUUGCAAAAAUGAGUAUGGAAAUUAAUGAAGUUGUACUUGAGAAUGCUCCAAAAAAUACCCAAUAUAUUGCUCCAGAAAUUCAGAAAGAUAUUUUACAUAUUAUGGCCAAUAGAGUACGACAGAUGGUUCGUGAAGAAGUUGGAGAUAAAUUCUUCUGUAUUCUUGUUGAUGAAGCACGAGAUAUAUCUAAACGGGAGCAAAUGGCCAUUAUCUUGAGAGGCCAAGGAUAUGAUGGUGCUAGCAAUAUGCGUGGCGCGUGGAAUGGACUCCAGGCAUUAUUUCUCAGAGAUUGUCCUUAUGCAUACUAUGUUCACUAUUUUGCUCAUCGACUACAAUUAACAUUGGUUUCUGUCGCUAAGGAUGUCAGUGUUAUUUGGGAAUUCUUUUCUCAUUUGGACAAUAUUGUCAAUAUUGUUACUUCUUCUAUUAAGCGCAUUGCUAAGUUACAUACUGCACAAAGAAAUGAAAUUGAACAUAUGUUGGCAAUUGGAGAACGUGAUUCUGGAAGUGGGGUCAAUCAGAUUGGUAAUUUGCAGCGGGCAGGAGCUACUCGUUGGAGUUCUCACUAUAACUUAGUAAAAAGCUUGAUAGGUAUGUACGCUGCAACUUGCAAAGUUUUUGAAGUUCUUAGUGACUAUUCUCCAAAUGGAAGAGCUAAGGCUAAAGUUCGGGGAAUUUACAGAAACAUGGCAAGCUUUGAAUUUGUGUUCAUUUUGCACUUGAUGCAUAAAAUUAUGAGAACAACAGAUACUCUUUGUUAA